AUGUGGCAGCCCUUCCUGCUCGCGGCAUUGUCCGCUAUCACAGGAGCUACUCACGUCCUUCAUGAGACCAGAGCAGCUGGUGUGCAUAGUUCAUGGCGCGCAGUGGAGCGCGUACAGCCAGGCGCAAUCAUUCCCCUAAGAAUCGGACUCAAACAAAACAAUCUUGAGCUUGGUCCGGAGCGACUCGAGGCGGUAUCUGCCCCUGGCUCCAAGCAGUAUGGCAAACAUUUGUCCAUGGAAGAAGUCCAUGACCUGUUUGCGCCGGCUCCGGACGUAAUCAGCGCAGUAUAUGGCUGGCUGGUGGACGCUGGCAUCAAUAAGAGCAUCAUUGCUCAUAGCGAUAACAAGGGCUGGCUUGCUGCCAACGUUCCUGCUCAAGACGCUGAAAGGCUGUUCCAAACAGAGCUCUACGAGUACGAAAAUUCGAGGUAUGUGAAAUGUCAGGACGUCGCGGAAUCGAUCAUGCUGCUGAAUGGUGAUGCAGAUCUGGCCACAUCCGCAUCGGGUGCGACCAGUACCACGUUCCAGCUCAUCUUGCGGAGCACAUUGACUAUGUUACGCCGGGUGUAAAGAUGUCGGCUUCUCUGAAAAAACGUACUCGGAAGCGAGAUGGUCAAUGGGGAGCUCCUCAGUGGGCACAUUCCAAGGGACCUACACCUCAUCCUUGGGGCCCUUGGAGUGGCGAGCCUUGGCGUAUGCCCCCGGCUGCGGGAGGCCUUCCUCCAGAUGUCCAGAACUGUGGCGUCAAUAUCACACCGCCGUGCUGGAGAGCUCUCUAUGGCUUGCCGAUGGCACAUAUCAAUGACUCGGUCAACAACGUCGGGCUGUACGAGCAAGGAGAUUACUUCUCACAAUCAGACGUUAGCAAGUAUUACGCGACGUAUGCUUCCAACGUACCCGCGAAUACAGCUCCCGAAGUCCUGGGAAUCGAUGGCGGCGAGGCACCUGUUGCUGCUUCCAGUCCGCUGAAUUCAGGAGAAUCCGACAUUGAUAUCGACAUCGUUACCUCACUCGUCUACCCACAAACCGUCAUUGUCUAUCAAGUCGACGAUCAGGUCUACAGUCCCAAAGAAGUGGCCGUGGAUAACACCUUCAACACAUUCUUGGACGCCCUGGAUGGCUCGUACUGUAACUACACCGCUUACGGGAUCACGGGAAACAGCGCCGGUAUUGAUCCGACCUACCCAGAUCCUGCAACGAAUGGCUACAAGGGCCAGCUACAAUGCGGCGUUUACAAACCUACCCGAGUUAUUAGUGCCUCAUAUGGAGAGUCAGAGGCAGACUUUCCCAAAAAGUACGUGCAGCGACAAUGCAAUGAAUUCAUGAAGCUCAGUCUUCAAGGACAUACGAUCCUGGUCUCAUCGUCUGACUACGGUGUGGGUAACGCUCCAGGCGACCCAACAGCGAGUGGUUGUAUUUCCGGCAACGGCCAAAACCAGACAAUCUACAAUCCAGACUAUCCUUCUGGAUGCCCUUGGAUCACCACAGUUGGAGCCACUCGCCUAUACGCAAAUCAAACGGUCAACGAUCCCGAGAGUGCACUCCAAGCAGACCUCUACAGACCCGGAAGAGCGAAUGCUUACCAUUUCUUCGCCACAGCCGGUGGAUUCUCGAAUUACUUUCCUACCGCCUCAUAUCAGAAGAAAGCAGUCGGAGAGUACUUUGCUGCUCACGAUCCGAAUCAUCCGUACUACAUCGUCAACGACAAUGCAACAAACGUCGGGGCGAACGGAGGCAUCUAUAACCGAGCAGGAAGAGGCUACCCAGACGUGAGCGCGAACGGCGCGAAUAUGCUGGUGUACAACAACGGCACUCUGGGUAGAUACUACGGCACUUCGCUCGCCUCUCCCAUUUGGGCGGCUGUGGUUACGCUUCUCAACCAACAGCGCACCAUUGCCGGCAAGGGCCCGAUUGGAUUUCUGAACCCGGUGCUCUAUGAGAAUCCUUGGGUGCUCAAUGAUAUUGUAAACGGAUCGAACCCGAAUUGCGGAUCGAGUGGUUUUGAUGCAGUUCCCGGUUGGGAUCCGGUGACGGGAUUGGGGACGCCCAAUUACCCCAAGAUGCUGGAUCUGUUCUUGAGUCUGCCUUGA